UGUGACCUCCCUCUUCAGUGCUCUGCUGUAGAGGGAUAGAAGGUGACAAUAAUCGUGAUCCAAUUUUAACAGAUUUUAAUGCAUCGUCCAUUUUGCCUUUUCGUUGACUUAUUCUAGAUUCGAAAGCUUUCCCGUGAUCGAAAUGGCAGAAGGCAAAGAUCAAGAAAAGCUUUACAAAGAGCCUGCAGUCCAUGCACCAAGCCUUUCACAGUUAUCUGAAAUUGCUAAAGGCCUGGGACUAGACAUUGAAGGGAAUGAGCUGAUGGCUUACCGAGGUGGGUUUUUGAGAUUAGACCUUGUAGAGCAACUUCGUCCCCAGGGAUCAUUCUCCCGCCCUUCCAACUUUCGAAAAUCGCCCUGGGACGAGGUUGCUCGUGUAGGACAACAGAAAACUCUUGGUCAAAAAGACUGCAAUAUUGCUAUUCUUUCAAGGUACUGGCGCUGUGAUAUCAAAGGAGCAUCGAAUGGCAAACUUCAGGGCAAGACGGUGGCCAUUAAGGAUAACACGUGUGUGGCAGGAGUACCAAUGAUGAAUGGCUCCCUCACCUUAGAAGGGUUUGUCCCGGAUAUUGAUGCCACAGUGGUGUCCCGGAUAUUGGACGCAGGUGGAAACAUAAUCGGCAAGAGUGUCUGUGAGAAUUUGUGCUGCAGCGGUGGAAGCUUUACUGCUGCUACGGGACCUGUGCUGAAUCCACACAGUAGCACAAGAAUGGCUGGAGGAUCCUCUUCGGGAUCCGCGGCUUUGGUAGCCGGAGGCAAGGUUGACAUGGCAACGGGUGGAGAUCAGGGAGGCUCUAUAAGGAUUCCAGCCGCCGCGUGUGGCAUUGUGGGCCUGAAACCUACUUUCGGGUUAGUACCGUAUACCGGCAUCAUGCCAAUAGAGUUCACUCUGGAUCAUACGGGACCUAUGACCAGGACUGUUCAGGAUACAGCUCUAAUGUUAGAGGUAGGAAGCCCGGCAUGACUACAACUUUGAUCUUACUUAUCCCUUGAGAUUAGGGAGUUUAAGUGACCACGACAGCGACGUCGAGGACCGUAAUCUCGAUUAAAAAUGGCUUUAUAUUUUACCCCCGAAUCUUGCGAUAAUCAUUUAGGUUGUACAUGUUUCUCAAUGCCAAAGCUAUCGCGAAACUGAAUCUGGAACACAGCGAAAAGUUUGAAGUAGAAACUUAAAAAAAUAGCUGUCGUGGUUCACGU